UGCAGUUCCCAUUAUAUCUAUUAAAGUAGAAUGUGGUGGAGCCCUCAGCUAAUCUGAGCUGAAUACAACGAAUCUCACUGAAGUGGUUAAGAAAUAUUGAAGACGCUACUUCUUUUGCGAGUUAUUGAGAUGUCGGCAGCAAUGUCCAGCACGAACAACAACAUUGCUCAGGCGCGGAAGGCUGUGGAGCAGCUGCAGAUGGAAGCAGGUAUCGAGCGGAUUAAGAUUUCAAAGGCAGCAAUGGACCUUAUGCAGUAUUGCCAAGACAAUGCAAAGAACGAUCCUCUUCUCAAUGGAGUCCCUGCAUCGACAAAUCCCUUCAAAGACAAGAAGUCCUGCAUGAUUCUGUAGUUAUUCAUACAAAAAAUAACACAUACGCUUCCAGCACUUUGGUAUGGAGGAUCUGCCUGCAUGAACUGAACGACAAACUACAUUAAGGAAUUUAAAUGCAGGCAUUCUCAGGAUACACUACUGGGCUAGGAUGUUUGAGUUCAUAGAGCUAUCACCCAUUGAAAUGACUAUUAGACUUUCUUUUUCAGGAAGAUAGGGAGUUACAGUGUUGUUUUUGCACAAGUCAUGCUGAGAGGGUCUAUUGAAAUGAAAUAUUGUGUCCUGUGCCCAUGGACACAUAGUCCUAGCAACUACCCAGCAUCAUAAUCCAGUCUGAAGCGGUAAUAUAGUCUGUGUCACAUAGCCAUGGGCAUAGCUAGACAUACACCAUGUACACUAAAGCAUGCACUUUUAAAAAUAAUUUAUUUAUAAAAUAUAAUGUAUUUAUGUUGUGAAAUGAAAUGUGUUAAAUUUAAAUUUAAAACUAAAAUAUAUGUAUUUAGCAUGGUUUAUGGGUAUAUAUCUUCUUAUAUGGAAUUUUAUCACAAUAUUUGGUUGAUUAAAUGAAUUAUUUGCUUAA